AUGGUCAAGCAUCAUCUUGCCAAGGGCAUUGGCCGCAUGUCGGACAUGAUUAUGACUAAAGGCAAAGGCACAUGGAUUUGGACAUCUGACAAUCGCAAGCUUUUAGACUUUACAAGUGGCAUUGCCGUUACCAGCGUGGGUCACUCCCAUCCAAAGGUUGUAGCCGCCGUCCAAAAGCAGGCUGCAACGCUAGUGCACGCUCAAGUGAAUAUUGGGUACCACCAGCCUAUGUUGGACUUGAUAAAGACGUUGUUGCCAGUGCUUCCUAAGACUUUAGAUUCGCUCUUUUUCGCGUGCAGCGGAUCCGAAGCUGUUGAGAAUGCUGUCAAGCUAGCACGUCAUGCUACGGGUAAAACCCAAGUGAUUGCGUUUCAGGGUGGUUAUCAUGGUCGUACAGUGGGGACAAUGAGCCUGACGUCAAGUAAGACGGUAUAUAGUGCUGGUUUUGGUCCAUUAAUGCCUGGUGUGACGUUUGUACCGUACCCAUACGCUUUGCACGGUCCGAUUCAUGACGACGAGAAGAACGUCAAAUGGUGUUUGGAACAACUUCACCUUGCCUUAAAACAGCAGUCAGCACCACGUGAUACAGCAGCGAUUAUUAUUGAACCGGUCCUGGGCGAGGGUGGAUACGUUGUACCACCCAAGAGUUUUAUGAAAGGGCUACGCGAAGUUGCGUCUGCGAAUGACAUUUUAUUGAUUGCAGACGAAAUCCAGUCGGGCUUUGGACGUACUGGCGGUUACUUUGCGAUUGACAGUCACUUUGACGUGCAGCCGGAUAUUCUGACGUUUGCCAAGGGUAUCGCUGAUGGCUAUCCAAUUAGUGGGAUUGCAAGUCGCAAGGAAUUGACCGACUUACAACCACCUGGAUCAAUGGGGGGUACAUACGCUGGUAAUGCUGUUGCUUGUGCUGCCGCUAUUGCAACGCAACAAGUCAUUGCAGACGAAAAGUUAUUGGAAAACACACACGUGCGGGGAGCGCAGCUACAGACUGGUCUGAAGCAAUUAAAGGCGUCGGGGAAGUAUCCGAUACUGGAUGUACGUGGUUUGGGUCUGAUGAUCGGUUUAGAAUUUGAUCCUUCAUCAAGGAUUAAAGGAGCAGCGAGCAAGGUUUCAGCAGCAUGUUUAAAUCGUGGAAUGAUGCUCUUGACCACAAGCGUGUACGAGACGCUCCGUUUUAUGCCACCGCUUAACGUAUCGGAAGACGAAUGUAACCUUGCAUUGGAGAUAUUUGAAAAAGCUUUAAAUGACGUCUUUAAACAGUAG